AUGAGCUCGCUAUUUCGCACGGGUUUCCUGGAUCUCCCCGACGAGGUCAUCGAAUCUACAUUGAUUUAUCUUCGAGAUGAUCACACACUACGUGAUUUUGUCAUGGUGGCCACGGUUUGUCAUCGACUACACGAUAUGGUGACUCCCAUGAUUUAUCACACGGUCUGGCUUUUCAAUUCAGUCGCUGGAGAGAGAUUCGCAAAAACCAUCGCCAACCACCCAGCUCUGAUUCCUCAUGUUCGCGAACUCCAAAUUCACAAUCAUGGCAACUAUGGCUACGACGACACUAACAAGCCGCCAUUUCCCUGUCCCGAAGACCUUGAACAUGUCAUUGCUCAGCUAUUCAACCUCCAAUCCUUGGCUAUGAGAAGUGAUUGGUUUCAAAAUGCCGCCGAUCGUCGCCGAGCGCUGCCCUGCGACCUCCAAAGGGUGAUAAACAAAUGGCAGAAUGCGACUCUGUCCUGGCAAUUAGGGGUACCAGCAAAACCACAGGUCCUCCCUAAUCUCAAAACAUGCAAUAUAGGUUUUGACUUCAUCCCUGAGAAGGGAUAUACUUUCUCCACCAUGGAGCCUAUAUUUCACCACUCUGGGCUGGAAAGCCUUUCUAUCACAAACAUCUGCUUCGAGCAAGUCGGGAACAACAGGUGCCCUUCUCCGCUUCUAACUCGAUCUACAAAUUUGAAGGAACUCGUCCUACUGAAUUGCGACGUAAACCCUGAAGGGCUUCGCCAAAUUCUUUCCCUCCCGCAUGCCUUGAGAAGAUUUACCAUGAAAGGCGAAAUACAAUUCUCAGAAUAUGGCCACGAACACACCGCAAAUCGACAGGAUUACAUGGAUGCAUUACGGACACACGCGGAUUCUUUGGAAUUUCUCGACGUAGAUUUGUACUACACUUCGGGCCCGGGCGUGGAUCUGCGUGGAUUCUCUGUCUUGAGAGAACUCACUCUCAGCACGAAUGAGCUAACGGGCGACUAUCACAAACGAAGUGGAGAGGUUGGGGCAGUUCUCCCUCCUAGUCUACGACGGCUUGUAUUGCGUGACGAAUUUGGGACUUUCCCGUUGGCGGCUAUUCUGGUCAAGGUGGCCCACGGACAACUUCCAGUUCUUAAUACUGUGGCUUGUCAUACCUCCCCUGAUUCCCUGGAGGAUGAACAGUAUAUGGAAGAAGAUGAAGAAGACGAAGACGAAGAUGAUGUCAUUUACAGCCCUGAUUUCUCGCUUAGCAAGAAACGGGAGAAGAACAUGGAAUUGUACGCCGAUGCAUUCAAAAAUCGAGAGAUAGGGUUCUCGAUUGAUGAUAAACCAGACCCUCUGUGGGCGAAAAAUAAUUGUCCGUGUGGGUGCUGGGACUAUAGGUAUCGCAUGAAAUGA